UAACAGAACCCCUUUUAAUACCUUUUGCCUACGCCCUUGCUAAGUUAUCGAUUGGAGGCCGCUUUUGGUUGCGUGGAAAUAAAUAUUAAACCUUCCUCGACCAUGGUGACUGGUGAUCCGGGCGCGACGAAGCCCCCAAAGGCGGCGGCUUCAGAUGAUGACGACUACACCGCUUCCAUGACGCACCUAACCAUUGGCCAGCAGAUCCAGGAGCUGUCCAAGCAACUGCAGAACACCAAGGAAGAGCUGCACCAGCAGGUGCGCGAUAAGCAUGGAGCACUUCUGCAGCAGGCCACCCACGCCGGUCGUUUCGAUGCGGCUCUAAACACGCUGGCGGAGGAUGUGCAGCGGGUCAGGGAGACGGGACACCGGCUGAAGAACCAGGUGGACACGCAGUACCAGCAGGUGGAGAACCAGACGCAGGUGCUCGGCCGUCUGCACGAUGUCAGCCACCUCCUGCGCUCAGCUGGAACCCUCCUCACACUCGCGGCCAAGUUGAAGGGCACCAAGGAUGUCCUGCGCCAAGCGGAGCUGCACUUCGAGCUGGGCCAGCUCAUCGAGGACAAGGAGCUCAAGGACAUCGAGUUCAUACAGCAGGAGCGGGCCUACGUGAUCAGUUCGGGUCAGAAGAUAAGGAACCUCACGCAGAUGCAGUUGGUAACGGGCCUCCAGGAGCGAAAUCAAAACCAAGUGGUUAAUGCUUUAAAGAUCUUUAUGAACUUCAAUACGCUGGAGAAAUCGCUGGAAAACCUGCUGGCCACCUUUAUCGCGGACAUGGAGCAAUCGCUCAAGGAGUGCUUUGCCGGGAAUGACAUAUCCGUGCUCAAUAAGUCGCCCACGCACAAUGUUAGCAAACCAGCUCCCUCGAGGGGACCGGGAAAAACUCCCCAGUUGACAACCACCCAGAACUUCCGGGCCAAGUUCUGGAAAUCCCUGCACUGGCUGCUCUACGACGAACUUUUUGAGACCUGCACCCAGAUUAAGUUGCUUAAAACAUCUCUGGAGCAGAUUAACCAGUUUGGCUACACAUCGGAGGCCUCGGAUCAGUGCAUUCCGCAGCGAUUUUGGCAGCAGGUGCAACAGCUGCUGCGCAAAUCGUUUGACGAAUGCGCCCAGCAUGUGACGCAGACCCUCCAGGAAGGACUCUCCAAGCUCCUGACUUCCGCUCGCGGCUUGGAACAGCGUCUGAAUGGGGAGUUUCAGUUCGAUAACGAGCUAUUCGCUCCUUUGGAAGUGGGUUACGUUAGCAAGUGUGCUGCCAACUUUAAGGCCUGUUUGGCUGGAGUUGAUUUACCUGGCAACGAAACUGUGGACAACUUUAUAAGGGUGGCUUCCACAGAACUGAGUGCGGCCUUGAUCGACUCCCGUCUCACGAACUCCAUUGCGAAUGUUUUCGCAGCUUGCGGCAAGGAAAUGUGUACCAAGCUGGAGGCUCAAAUUAAGCUGGGAGCUGAUUCCAAGCAGGUUGUGGAUCUGCCCAACCUGCAGCAGCAGCAGAACACACAGCUGGCGAAUGUUCUGUACUACUACAAGGAUUCCGUGCGUCGCAUGCUGAGCGAUCUUCAAGUGCAGUUUGAGAAGACCCCGGGAAGUGCCAGGGAAAUUAUAGCCCGGUCCCUAGAGCAGGCUGAUCUGCUCAUCGGCACCAUUCUGCAGCAAAUAAUGGAGUCGAUUAUAACGACCAUCAGUAUCAUCAUAUUGAGUAUGCACAGGGAGCCGGGAUUGAACACGGAGAGGCUAUCGACCACAGGCCCGUCGAUGUACAUGAAGGAACUGCAGGAGUUUGUCAAUCGUUCCUGGUCGCAUCACAUCGCCUUGUUCGAUGAUAAGCAGAUGACUACGAAGUGUGGCCACGAGCUAGCCAAACGCUGUAUCGAGCUCUUUCUGCACAAUGUCUGCAUUCUGCGUCCUUUAAGUGCGGCGGGAAGACAGCGUUUAAAGCAGGACUGCCAGCACAUGGAGCAAGCUUUGAAACCCUUGUGCCCUAAUCUCGCCGAGCUUGGAAAGCCCUCGCGUUUGCUAAGAGCCAUGUCCCUGCUGAUCGUCCAAACGGCCCAGGAACUGGUGAAGCAGACGGUUGGGGAGGAUUCCCUGGUGCCCAGCUAUAUAGUGUUGCUGCUGCUCUUCGGACACGCUGGAGCGGAUCUGCAGUCGCCACAUACCACGGCCAACUGGUCCAACGAACGUCUGAUAGAGUGGCUGGAUGGACACACGGCGGAGCGGGAGAAACUGGAGCUAAUCUCGGGGGCAUUGCAGCGGUAUCGCGACAAUGCGAGGCGCAAGAACAUUCAGCAAUACGACGAAGUUUACCCCAUGAUGGUGGAGUAUUUUGAACAGGCCUUGAAGGCAAUUUCAUAAAUAUCAAAUUUGUUCUAUAGA